AUGAAUGGAGUUUUACGUCCUGCUCUUCUGCAUAUUAUUGAGCCAAUGAAAUCACUAUGGUUGGAGAGUAGUACACCAGGUAGUCUGACACUCAAGCUUCCUUCAAAAACUAUUUUGACGUCACAAUAUGUACUGAAAGUUCCCGGCAAACAAGGAGUGGUGUUUGAAAAUGAAAAAUACCUGAGCGUUUCCCGCCAAAAAAUGACGACGUUGAUUCAAACGGACAAGGCCAUGUAUAAAGGGAGACAAACAGUGAAUUUCCGGGUGGUGACGAUUUAUCCUAAUUUAAAACCGUUUAAAGGAGAAGUGGAUGUCGAUAUUACGGACGAUAAAGGUAAUAGAAUGAAACAGUGGAAGGGAAGGUCCUCAUCAACUGGUGUCAUUCUAGAGAGACUACAUCUUAGUGAGGAACCCAGAACGGGAACCUGGUUUAUAAAAGUUCGAAUCCCCAGUCUUAGUGGCUACAGUAAACAACAAUCAUUUCUUGUUCAACAUUAUGAAUUACCUAAAUUUGAAGUUAAAGUUGAGUUACCUCCCUUUGGACUACAUUCAGACACAGAAAUUCAUGGUACUGUGAAAGCAACAUAUACAUUUGGCAAGCCUGUCGAAGGUCAUUUGGAUCUGAGAGCCUAUGCUGGAGUAAUCAGGGACUCGUGUGGUAUGGAAGCCAAGUCCGUGCAACAAGUUUCAAAGAUCAAUGGCGAAGAGAAAUUUAUAUUUUCUGUGGCCGACAUCAAGAAAUCGAGAAGUUAUUGGAAUAAUUUGUCUAAUGUCCAGAUUGUAGCCCGAGUAACUGAGAAGGUGACUGGUAAAACGCUGAACGGAACGGGAGAGAUAAGUAUCUACCAGUCUAAAUAUAAAGUCGAUUUUCUCCCUAUUACACCAUCAACAUUUAAACCCGGACUACCCUACACUGCUUAUGUUAAAGUCACAACACAAGAUGGCGUCCCGGUCACAGCACAGACAUCACGUGAUAAAAUAGAAGUGUACACAUGCGCAGACUUCACCAGACAAGAUCCAGACCAAAAUAAAUAUGCCUGUCACCAAUUCCAGGGCACCUACGCUCUACCCAAACAAUCGCUGAGCCCCACUCCCUCGGGAAUCGCCAAAGUUGACAUCGGCGAGAUUCCUGUCAAUACCACCAGCAUUAAAAUGAAGGCGUGGUUUAAAGAAAUCCAGCAACAGUAUACAGUAUCGUCUGCCUACUCUAAAAGUAAUAACUAUAUACAGAUCUCCAUCAAACCUUCAACUAACAAAAUCAAGGUUGAUCAGGAAUUGGAGUUUAGCAUUUUAACAACAGAACCAGUCGAUAGAGUUCAUUAUAUGAUUAAAGCUAGAGGAAAAGUUCACUCUGUGGAAAGCCACAAUAUGUUGAAUCCCCAGUCCUCCACCGUGAAGAUCCCCGUGACGACCAGCAUGUCCCCCUCAUCUCAUAUUCUGGUUUAUUAUACACGAGGUACUGGAGAGAUUGUCGCCGAUGGUUUGACCUUCUCGGUUGAUCGUCUGUUUAAUCACGAGGUAUCAUUGAAGUAUAACCGAGAAAAGGCCACCCCUGAUGAUUCUAUAGACCUUAUUGUAUCUGGUAAACCUCGAGCCCAGGUGUUCGUCCUGGCGGUAGAUCAGAGUGUCUUACUGCUGAAAUCCGGUAAUGAUUUAACUCAAGAUAAGGUGAAAGCAGAAAUGGAAAUGUUUAGUGAUGUACCUAAUGCCAUUAAAUAUCCAAAUUGGAGAUACGGCUACCAAUCCUCGGCCUCGCGAUUUCAACAAUUUUUUCAGGAAGCUGGGGUGACUAUUCUAUCGGACUUAGACGAGUUCCGGCAAACUAGAAGAAAAUAUCGCCCACAACAAGUGCAUUACGGUGGUGAGGCGCGAGGUGCUCCAGGGAUGCCCGGUUACUCUAGCGCGCCUCUUCCAAUCGCUGGGUUGGCAGAACCAGACCGAGUAAGGAGCGUCUUCCCUGAAACUUGGUAUUGGGAGAAUAAAACUGUCGGAGCUGAUGGAACGGCUACAUUCAAUGCCAAGGCUCCCGAUACCAUUACCUCGUGGGUGGCCAGUGCUUUCGGUGUUCAUAAUAAUCUAGGACUCGGUGUAGCUGCGGAGACUGCCUCGCUGUUAGUCGAGAAACCAUUCUUUGUCAGUUUAAAUCUACCAUCAUCAGUGAAGUUUGGUGAAGUCGUAGCUAUCCAAGCUAUUGUUUUUAAUUACCUAGACCAGGCUGUCCCAGUAACUGUCAGCCUAACUAACUCCAAUGAUUUUUAUAGUGUAGAUAUUCUAUCGAAUGGAGACGAGCAGGAUUCUUCUGAAGACAAAUCUGUUACAGUCACGGUGCCUUCCGGUUCACCAACCCCAAUCUAUUUCCCUAUCCGACCUAGAAUUAGGGGUAGAAUUGAUAUUGAGGUAACAGCCAGAUCUUUCUUAGCCGCUGAUGCUGUCAGACGACAAUUGUUAGUCCGACCGGAGGGAAUUCGAAGAGAGAAAAAUACUAAUUUGAUUGUAAAGAUGAGUUUAAAAAAUGAUUUUGAGAAAUCCAUUGACUUCAAUCCACCAACUGACAUCGUACCAGAUACCAUGAAAAUUAAACUCUCGGCCACUGGAGAUAUACUAGGUCUUACAGUCGAUAAUCUACGUAAUUUAAUCCAGCUACCUACUGGUUGUGGUGAACAGAAUAUGAUGAAGUUUGUACCCAAUAUCUAUAUAGCUGAUUAUCUAUAUACCACUAACCAGGCAGAGGAUAAUCUGGUUCGCCGUAUUAAACAAUAUCUAGAACUUGGUUACCAGAAACAGUUAACGUACCAGAGAUACGAUUGGGCCUAUGGUCCGUUUGGUGAAUCCGAUCCCGCCGGUAGUAUUUGGUUGACAUCGUUCGUAAUCCGAUCGUUCCAGCAAGCUAGUGAAUAUAUUUAUAUAGAUGAUGACAAAACAGCUAGUUCUAUAAGCUGGGUGCUGGACAGACAGAAUCUUGAUGGUUCCUUUACAGAACAGGGCACUAUUAUAGAUAGACAUUUACAGGAAAGUACAAUGGGAUUAACAGCCUAUGUUUUAGCCUCGUUAAUUGAAAUCCGGGAUAAUGUCCAAAUACUUUAUAAGCCUUAUAACUACUAUAAAAACGAGACUAUAGAACUGUUUAAUAAUGUUACAAGAAAUGCUACCAGAUAUCUGGAGAAGAACAUUGAUUCUACCACUGAUGUUUAUGAACUGGCUAUAGCGUCUUAUGUUUUAACUCGAACUGGCAGUCCUAAAGCUGGUCCAGCCUUUACUAGACUUGAAGCCAUGUUGGUGUCUAGAGGUGACACCAAACAUCUAAAAGUUAAAAAAGAAACCAAAAAUCAACCUAAAGUCACUAACAAUGACGUCAUCACAUCCCAUGACAUCAUAGCCACGUCAUAUCUAUUAAUGACGUAUCUAGAAAGUGGCGAUAUUCAGACCAGUUUCUCUGUAAUGAAGUUUUUACUGAGCCAAAGAAAUAAAAAUGGUGGAUUUAAAUCUUCUCAAGAUACAGUGGUAGCUUUAGAAGCUUUGAGUAAAUUUGCCGCUGCUACCAGACCAGCUGAUUUUAACAUGGGGAUUGAUAUUAGAACAGAUACUGGUGAAGUCUUACAGUUUAAGGUCCAUUCUCAAAACGCCUUGGUUUUACAACAAAAACCGUUAAAGGGGGACGUGAAAAACAUAAAAAUAACAGGCCGUGGAAAUGGUGUGGGAUAUUUAGAUAUCAGUACAGUAUAUCACGUGACUGGUGAUUCUACUAAUACAGAUUUUGAUAUCAGUACAGUUCUAUUAGAUGAUAAUAUUAAUGGUUUUACUCUUAUGACGUGUUGCAAGGUCCUGAAUGACGAACCAACUGGUAUGGCAACAGCUAAAGUACAAAUUCCAGCAGGAUUCGAACCCGAUAUAUCGAACAUCAAUGUUGUCGGUGUUAGGAAAGUUGAAAAGUCUGGAAAUGACGUCAACAUUUAUUAUGAUCAGAUUGGUGAAACAUCAACGUGUGUCAGUUUACAGGCUUCUAGAUCCAGUAUGGUGUCCAGUUCUCAGAAAUGUUUUGUAGAAGUUACUGAUUAUUAUCAACCUAGUAAAUCUUCGACAGUAUCGUAUCAUCCUCGUAAGUUAAAGAAUUCUAAAGUAUGUGAUGUCUGUCCUGAUUGUAAUAUGAACUGUAUGUAG